GGCAUUGGGCGGUGCGCUAAGCCCCGCCCCUCUUUUCCCCCACCGCAUUUUGAAACGAUGAAUGGGGGAACAUUACGCUGUGGGCAAGAAGAAGAGGCUGCAAACACAGCAACAGCUUUGGUUUCAAGUGCUCACAAACAAACCGGAGGACUGACGAGUCGAACCCGGGCGGUCCUGAAUCACACAUGACAUAUAGUGACAGCAUGGACACUGAGGAGCUCCAGAGGAACCUCCAGCCUACCUCUAUGGUUGAAGAGGACAUGGACGCCGUGGAGGCCCUGAUGUCCAUGACUACACACUGGAAAACGAGGAGCUUCAGGCUCAGGCAGGUUAGACCCCUGACCCCUUCGUCGGACAGCUCAGGAGAUGACUGUGCCUCACCAGGAUCUACCUCGCUACAGGACUCCACACUGUGUAUGACACCACCAUAUAGCCCACCUCACUGCGAGGCCACACAUUCACCCACAGCAGCAACAACCGUUCAUCUACCUGCAGAAACUGGAAGUCAAACCCUGCUGCCAACACAAGACGCCGAUCUGCGAACACAUGCUGCUGCGUCCGAGCAGAGGUUCCAGUGCACUAGUGUGAUCCGCCACACUGCGGAUGAUCAGCAGUGCUGUUCCAGUGUCCAUCCUGUCUCAACAGAAGACAGACUCUGUCAAGUUCACAUAAAUGACUCUAGAGAGGAUUUGCACUUAGAAGAUGGACUGAACCACAGAGACUCUGAAUCUAGAGCCACCACACCACAAAAGCCUUUGACUGCAACUGUGACGAAUGUGGUGAAGGACAGUAAGACGCAGAGGAGCAUUUCAGGUCCAAGUGAUGAAUCAAACAUCCCUCCGUGUGUCUCCAUUGUCCCUGCUUGUAAUAAUGGAGUCUCUCAUGUGCCUGUCUACUGCCAGAUCCUUCCUGUCUCUUCUCUUUCCACCAGUGUUGUACAAAAGCAUGUCACAGCCGCUGAGAGUCCAAAGCAGAACUCACCAAUUACCCAAAAACACACAGUACUGAAUUCACAACCCCAAGCAGCUUCUUCAGCCCAGGUAUUUGUCCUUGGGCACCAGGUUGCACAAAGUCCCCUAAUGCUCCUUGUCCCUCAGUCAGCUGUUCCUACGAUAUAUGUUCAGCCAUCGCUGGUGACACCCAGUACCAACAAGUUGCCAGUCAUCGCGCCUGCACCUGGACGCACCGUGCUGGAGCAAAGACAAAGCCCGCUGCAGCCUGAGUUGUCCCGUAUACGCAGUCACGUUUGUCCCCAUGAGAACUGUAGCAAGACCUACUUCAAGAGCUCCCACCUAAAGGCUCACAUGAGGACACACACAGGUGAGAAGCCCUUCAAAUGCAAGUGGGAGGGCUGCGAGAGGCGAUUCUCUCGCUCUGAUGAGCUGUCUCGCCACCGACGUACCCAUACAGGAGAGAAGAAAUUUGUCUGCCCCUUGUGCCUAACCAGCUUCAUGCGCAGUGACCACCUGGCUAAGCACGCCCGAAGACACCUAACAGCAAGGAAGACGCCCUGCUGGACAUUGGGGGUUACCCAGGCUGCUGACCUCACUCUUCUAAACACUACAUCCAAGUAAAGACAGUGAAACUGUAGAACUCAAUGUGUUUAAAUCUUCGUUUUGUUUGUGUACCUGGUUUAUCACCAUUCACCUGAACACUUGCACAUCACUGCUGAAAACCAAAAAAUUAAGUAGUUGCUGCUCAGGUUAAUGGUCUAUUUACAUAUGACUGAGAGUUUUGUAAUGUAGCUGAGAAAUGACACCUUCACUGUCACAUAUAUUUAAUAUGCUGCUAAUUGUUUUUCACUUUUGCAAAACACAGUGUGUACUACUGUAUGUUUACUUGUCAGUGAUAUUUGACCAAAGAAUGUUGCAUGGUUUUCUUUUGUGCCUUAUGGGAAUGUAAUUGUUGAACUUUUUGCACAUAGCUGUUAGUUGGGAUUACAUUUAAAAAUUAGACUAAAUUAAACUUGAACACAGGUA